AUGGUAAACACAGCAAGAGUGGGAACCGGUUUGGUCAGGCGAAUUCUCGUUGACACUGGAGCCGAAGAUUCUGAAAUAAAUGAUGUUCCGAUGAAAGUGGACGACACACAGUACCCAAAAACGUUCUUCUUCGAACAUGAGCUAUUUCCUGGGAAAAAGAUGAACAUGAAGUUCAGCAAAAUCCCGUUUGCUCAACCAUACGGAGUAUAUACAUGGGGCAAAGUAAUUAAAGACCUCGAAAAAGAGUCCUUCACCUUUGAGGAUGCUUGCGUAAGAGAAGCCGGCAAGGGCGAGGACAAGUACUGCGCAAAAUCCUUAUCAACUUUGAUCGGUUUCGCCGUUUCCAAGUUGGGAAAGAACAUUCAACCGUUUUCAAGUUCUUUCUUGGACAAGCAGACUGACUACACCAUAGAGGGAGUGCACAAUCUUGGAGACAAGGCUGUUAUGUGUCACAGGCUCAAUUUUCAAAGCACCGUCUUUUAUUGUCACGAAAUCCAUGGAACCACCGCAUACAUGGUUCCAAUGGUGGCAGCCGACGGCAGGAGAACUCAGGCGUUAGCGGUUUGCCACCACGACACUUCCGGCAUGAAUGCGGAGGUUCUUUAUGAAAUGCUGAAAAUCAAGCCUGGAACAGAGACUGCUUGCCACUUCCUUGGAAACAAGGCAGUUAUGUGGGUUCCCAACAUGGCUGUCAAUAGUGUCUACAAUAAUGCCAAUAUGGCAAGUUAAUUAACUAUGCCUUUCUUGAAGCCUUUUGGGUUUUACUAUAAUUAAAUAAUAAACCCAAGUAAUGUUGAACUCUCUA